UUGUAGCAGCGAGCGGAAGGCAUCAUUUAUCAGCAAACAGUGAAGUGAAAACGGUGCUCGGUCUCUCGGUGCUCUAUCUUCUUUGCCCAAAGUAAAAGAAAAAAUGUAAGUGCGUUCAGUAUCUGCAGGCCAUUUGGGUUGGUUCCGGUGAUGAGUUUUGGGCGGUAGAGUUCGGAUACCAAACACCCUUUCUUUCCAACGAAACGUUUUCUUCCAUCUCUUUUCGGUUUGCACACGCACUUCUGUGGAUUUUUCCAGAACAUUUCCUCCGAUUGUUGGACAUUUUCUUCCUAACCGGCGGCGACUGCAUGUGUGUGUGUCUGUGGUGAAAGUGAAAGAGACUACUUUACUAUUGCACAAUAAUUGCAUUCAGGCACGCGUGUGCAUUGUGUGAGUGUACGUGUGUGUGUGUGGUUGUGGCGGUUAAAUUGAUGCAUCCGGUGUAAAGUAGAUUGCAAUUUGCUUCCGUGUAAAAGCAUCCAUUUAACCUUGAGCUUAUCAGGCAAAGGUCACCUUUCGGUUUUCAUGAUCCUUCGCCCUGAAACGGGCCAGGCGUGUGCAAACGUUUCGAGGGGAGGAAGAGCAUAUCGAAGCAACCAUUGCCGUGGGUGAAAAAUCACGCGAUUGCUUUCUUUUUAGGGAUUUUCGAAUAAAAAAUGGGUUUUAUAAGUUGCACAGACAAGCGAUUAUGUAAGGACGCUAGUUGGUGCAAUGGAAAUGGUUGCAUUUUACACGGAAAAUGGCAUUUUUCUUCCCUUCUCAACCGGCAUAUGUAUCGAACGACCUCUAGAUACAGCUAGAGGUCAAUGAAGACGCGCCUAACAAUAUCCCCCCUCCCCUUGGUCGAAGCAUACACCCGUUUCGCCUUCUUCUUUUCCUCCUCAAACCACGUCAACAUUAUGGGGAUGGGGAUGAAAUGUGAUGCAAAGUUACAUUUAUUUUCUGAAAUUUCAAUUUUAUGAUACACAUUUGAGCUCAGUUGAAUCAUCUUAGGAAUUUUUACGAAACGAACAAAGCGAAGAGUUUUAAAUUUUUAGCAUAUUUUUCUUAAUUGUAAAAUUAAAGCAUUACAGCAGUUAUAACCACCGACUAUUUAAAAUACGACUAUUUUUCAAAAUCAGAGUAGGCCAACCAUCCACCCUGUGGGCACUUAUCACUUUCUAAGAUAAGAGCGGUUCGAUUAUCGACGGAACUGGCAAAGAGGGCCAGGUGGAUUGUCGCUAGGAAACAGAAAGUAUCAAACAACAUCUUUUUCCCCUUCUUUUUUGGUCCGCUUUUGGCCCGCGUGUAUGUUCCGACAACCACUGAUAACCUCCUGGGGUUGUAGCGUACACGUAAAUAACAACAUAAAUUCAUCCGCGUCAAUAAGCAUAGCACCAACAUCAUCACAGCAACGCCAAUACCCUAUCUGCAUCGAACGAGCAUGAUCCGUGGAAUUAUUUCCAAGAUGCCGUUCAAGAGUAUUAAGGCCCGUCAGAUCUUCGACUCCCGUGGCAACCCGACCGUCGAGGUUGACCUGGUCACCGACCUGGGACUGUUCCGUGCUGCCGUCCCGUCUGGCGCGUCCACCGGCGUCCACGAGGCGCUGGAGCUGCGCGACAACGAGAAGGCCAACUGGCACGGCAAGGGUGUCCUGAAGGCGGUUGAGAACAUCAACAAGAUCAUUGCCCCGGCUGUGCUGAGCUCCAACCUUUGCGUUACCCAGCAGAAGGAGCUCGACGAGCUGAUGCUGAAGCUUGACGGAACCGAGAACAAGUCGAAGCUCGGUGCCAACGCUAUUCUGGGCGUUUCGUUGGCCAUCUGCAAGGCCGGCGCUGCCAAGAAGGGAGUCCCGCUGUACAAACACAUCGCUGAUCUCGCUGGCAAUGGCAACAUCAUCCUGCCGGUGCCGGCCUUCAACGUCAUCAACGGUGGUAGCCACGCCGGCAACAAGCUGGCCAUGCAGGAGUUCAUGAUUCUGCCGACCGGUGCGUCGUCCUUUACCGAGGCGAUGAAGAUCGGCAGCGAGGUGUACCACCACCUGAAGAACGUCAUCAAGGCCAAGUUCGGGCUGGACGCGACGGCCGUCGGUGAUGAGGGCGGAUUCGCCCCCAACAUCCUGGAGAACAAGGAAGCGCUGAACCUGAUCCAGGACGCCAUCGCCAAGGCCGGCUACACCGGCAAGGUCGAGAUCGGCAUGGACGUGGCCGCGUCCGAGUUCCACAAGGAGGGCAAGUACGAUCUGGACUUCAAGAACCCGAAGUCGGACCCGAGCGCCUGGUUGACGCCCGACGCGCUGGAGCAGAUGUACCAGGGCUUCAUCAAGGACUUCCCGAUCGUCAGCAUUGAGGAUCCCUUCGACCAGGACCACUGGGACGCGUGGAGCAAGAUCACUGCCAACACCACGAUCCAGAUCGUCGGCGACGAUCUGACCGUCACCAACCCGAAGCGCAUUGCCACGGCCGUCGAGAAGAAGGCCUGCAACUGUCUGCUGCUGAAGGUGAACCAGAUCGGCUCGGUCACGGAGUCGAUCAAUGCCCAUCUGCUGGCGAAGAAGAACGGCUGGGGCACCAUGGUGUCGCAUCGCUCCGGCGAGACCGAGGACACGUUCAUUGCCGAUCUGGUCGUCGGUCUGAGCACGGGCCAGAUCAAGACCGGCGCACCGUGCCGAUCGGAGCGUUUGGCCAAGUACAACCAAAUUCUGCGCAUCGAGGAGGAGCUCGGCGCUGGCGCCAAGUUCGCCGGCAAGAGCUUCCGCCAUCCGCAGUAAGAAGGAUAUUAUUCUCUCCGCGAGUCGGUGGUUCCACGCGUUGCUGGCGGCCGUGCAGAGCGGGUUAGUUUGGUCAGUGGUGUCGUACGUUGAAGAAGGGCCAGGGAGCGACGACCUAGUCUCAGACGUGCAGAUGUGCACUCAACAUUAGUCGUCCUGUGAGCGAAACCUCUCACCCCGACCACCAUCAUCAUCCUCUUCGCUGUUGACGCAAGCCAACUUACAGUAAGACCCACUAGCCCCGCUAGCGCCCACAACAACUCACCCCACCAACUUGAACCUCGGUAUUUAUCGUCAUGAAGCUCUAAUACGCAAGAAGCAUAAAUUGUAAGGCUUAAAGUUAUUGAAUGUUAUAAUUGUUAAAUGAAAGUGUGACAAGUACGUUUGUCAAUGCAUUACUGAAAGUACAUGAUCAUUCGAUAAUAAACGGAAACCAUGGUAGGAAUACACAAUGGAAAAA